AUGCAAUCAACCUUCUGCAGUGUGGACAUCUGGCGUCGAAGUAAGUACGACUCCCCACGGAUCUCCACGGUGGAUUCCUCGGACAGCAGUGACUCGGGGUACUUCCCCUCGCCCGAAUCAGACAAGGAGAAGAAGAGAAGGAACCGUGCCUCGAUGUCACAAGCACCGUCAAGAGCAAGGAGCCGCAGCAGGGCGCCCAGCAAUGCGCGAGGCUCCGCACCCAUUGUCGUCCCCGUCCCGCCAAAGCCUCCGCUGGAAAUCGUCCUUCCUGCCUCUCCAAGGCCACGCAGCAGAGGCCCCAUGUUCGUCGAUGCGCCGGGUCUCAGUGGGGGCAGAGGAAUGUUCAAGCGCCUGAUCGUUGCCUGUGACGGGACGUGGUUGAACAGCGAUAACGGCAUGAUCAAUGGAAAAUUAUCGAUUCCCAGCAAUGUGACCCGGAUAUCAAGAGCUAUCAAAGCAGUAAGCCAAGACGGCAUUCCUCAAAUUGUAAACUACCACUUCGGGGUCGGAUCUCAAGGCGGGCGACUGAAUCGCAUCAUUUCCGGCGCCACGGGCGAGGGGCUUGGCGAUAAUGUACGAGAAGCAUACUCCUUCCUCGCGAACAACUAUCACCCGGGCGACGAAAUUUUCCUGCUAGGGUUUUCAAGAGGAUCAUUCACUGCGCGGGCUAUUGGAGGCUUGAUAAGCGAGGUGGGCUUGUUGACGAAGAAGGGACUCAAUGCGUUGCCGGAGGUAUUUGAAGACGUACAACAUAGACGAGAUCCGAAAUACGUGCCCAAAAAUCCGGAUAUGCCGUUUCCGCACAAGCCGAGUGCAGACAGUCCGCGGUAUGCGGAUGAGCUUGAACGACGGGGGCUCACGAGGCUGGAUAUCAGGAUCAAAGUAAUCGCCGUUUGGGACACAGUCGGCAGUCUAGGCACCCCACGCUUCAACUUCCUGCAGAAGCUGGGCUUGCAGACCGCGGAAUCGAAGGAGAUGAGCUUCUACGACACAAAGCUGAGUAAUUGCGUAGAAAACGCCUUUCAAGCGCUGGCUUUGGAUGAGAAGCGGAGUGCGUUCAGCCCAGCCGUGUGGGAAAAACCGCCCGGGAAUAAAACCACGUUGAGGCAGGUCUGGUUUCCGGGCGUGCAUUCGAAUGUAGGCGGUGGCUACGACGACCAGCAGCUUGCGAAUAUCACGCUUGCGUGGAUGAUGUCGCAAUUAGCGCCAUUUCUCGACAUGCGCGAUGAGUACCUCUUCGAGCUGGAAGAGGAAAAUGAAAAGUAUUACAGGCGAGAAGGCCAAGACAUCCGCCCAUGGUCAUUUGGCGAAAUCUACAACUCCUCAACGGGCAUCUACGCGGUAGGUGGUAGCUCGCUCCGCACCCCAGGCCACUACAUGGAGUGCGACCCUUUUACCGGCCGCCCCACCGACCGCCCUCUCCAAUACACCAACGAAUACAUCCAUGCCUCAGCCCGCACGCGCACCCGCCUCGGCGGCCCUGGUGUUUCCGACAAGUCCAUCUACGAGUGUCCCGCGCUGACACAAAACUACCGCCUCGUCGUCGAGUACCCGCCCGGCCCAAACACUGACCCUGAUAUCCACUGGAAACUGAAGUGGAAAGAUCCGUUAGCGGUCAAAAUCCUGCCUGAGGCGCCGCUGUGGGGCAUAGAGAAGGAGCUAUGUAGGAGGGAUCCCGAAACGUAUGAUUAUGCGAAGAGGCCGCCGGCGACGAAGAAAGAGAAGAAAAAGUCGAGACCGAUGUCGGCUAGCGUGGCUACCCCCAAUGUCCGCUCUAGUAGAAGGAGUUUCACAGAACCCGGGGCGAGAGGUACGGCGGUGUUGGAGAAGAAGGAGAGGAGGAAUAAGAGUAAGGUGCGUACUGCCGAGUAUGAGAGGGGUGGUGUUGGGGGAAGGAGUAGAGCAGGCAGUUUCGACGAGAGAAGUACGGUUAUCAGGGAGAACAUGCCGCAUCGGAGGGAGAAGGGUAAAGCGUGGUGGGAGGGACAAAGGAGUCCGGCGCCCCCUGAGGACUUCGGUGGGGGCAGGAGUCCGAGGAGGAGCAGUAUGAGAAUUUGA